CAAUAACAUAUCAGCUGCAGAGAAUGCUCACUUUCCAAUCUAGGGAUGGCUUCUUGUUCAAUAGUCUCAAUGAACUCUUCCAUGCGCUCUGCAUUUUGCGAUAGCUUCAACAAUUCGCCAUCAGACAGCGCCUCCUGCGACAGCUUUUUCGCUGGAUAGCUUUUUUGACAUGCAAGAAGGUGCAGUGCAUGAUCAAAGCAUUCCAACUGAUCGCUAAUUAUCUCCUCGAUGAUAAGCCCCCGAUGUUCUUUCCACACAUCCCGCAGCCUAUGGCAUGUAGCACUUAGGUUGAGGGCAUCAGCAAAGGAUGAUUGUGCUUUGUAGAUGCUAGCCAGGAUUUCGGUUGGAAGACUGACGAGCCCAAGCGUUCCAUUCUGAUUGUCGAGCAUCGUAUCGCUGACUUCCAUUAUUCGUUCUAAGCUUGAUAAGAAAAGAGAAUAUAAUGGCCGGUGUCUGUGUCUUGACAAGGAGCAACGUGGUUAUUAAGGUCGGUUUUCCAACUCCGCCCCGCAACCCUGCAAGUUGUCGAUCCUUCAGGUUUCCAGGCAGCGACAUAAAUAUAAGCGGACACAUGCGACAUGCCUCAUUGAUACGAUACGCCUGUUCUUUUCCCCUCGCCUAUGCAUCCAGGAAAACCAUGGAGAAUUCACCGCUGAUCGAAAGACCAAGAUGGGUACUCGUCUGCUGGAUAUUCCAGGCCAUAUGGAUGCUUAUGACCGCUUUCUUCUACUGUCUCAUGUGGCUCGUUCUACUGUUGGUCAGCAAAAAUCCUCCAGCACCCAAUCCCGAUCAUAGGGUUUUCCCUAUAUCAGUCUGGGAAGCGAUCUUUUUCGUAGUUUACACAUUGACUUGGCUUGUUUUCCCGCUGGUCAUCAUCGUCAUCAUCGUACUGCAAAUUCGCCUCAGGACUAUGUACACAUCAAGCAAACACUUGUAUAAACGUGAGGUUGCGAAGAUGAUACUUGCGACGUGUGUCUAUAUCAGCACGAUGCUACUCUUCAUUCGACAAACUGCAAACGUGCCCUUCAUCGUGAUUGCAACGGCGGCAUGGCUGUAAGCGUCUUCCAACGUUAAUAUGAUGAAUCAAGGAUAUUA